UACUCUGUUUUUCGUUCCAAUGAUAUUUUGCUAUCAACAAGAAGUUUAGAACAAUAUUUAAAGGAUAAGGAAGCAGAAAGGGUCCAUCAGUUGGUGGACAGGACAUUUAUCUAAAUGGAUCUUGUUGUGCAGCAGCGUCCUAUAUCACUUAGUUGCUUCUCUCUCAAUGUGAAAUCACAAUUGCAUAGAAGGAGAUCAUACACAAUCUCAUCUGCACUGCCUGAGACUGCAGUUUCAGUGGCAGUAGCUGCAACUUUUGUUGGGGCAGCAGCCACUCUUCUUGUGAAGAGAUCCAAACCUUCUGAGUCCACAGAGAUUCAAUUCAAAGUAUGUGAAGAUUGUGGAGGUUCUGGUAUAUGUCCAGCCUGCAGAGGUGAAGGGUUUGUGCUUAGAAAACGUUCUGAUGAAAGUGCGGAGAAGGCAAGAAAUCUAGCUAAGAAUAUGGCUACUCGAUUCACGGCCGGGCUUCCAAAGAAAUGGAGUUACUGUACAAAAUGCACUUCUGGCAGAUCCUGUUCAACAUGUGGUGGAAGUGGGAAAUUAAGCUUAUAGUUUAGCUCUUGCACGAAGUAUAACUUUUGUAUAUGUAUUUCAAUGGCAAUGUAUAGUAUAUUUUUGGUACAUUUUGUAGAACUAUACAGGCGUUAAGUUCAAAUGGACCAUGCAGGACUUGAUAGAAUAGGAUUUGAAUUUACUGUCACUACUUAUGAAGAACAGAAAUGAUAUUUGCACAAACUUACACACUCUUCAUAUACUCCCAUGCAGAUUAUGAUUAAA